AUGUCGCACACUAGUGAUGAACAACAAAUCGCUUCCAUUGAAUUAACACUUGUUGAUGAGGUUAUUUCAUCAAUGGAGAAAAGCAUAAUUGAUUCACAAACAAGAGAACGUCAAAUUCGUGAGAAAAUCGAAUUAUUACAAAAUGAUUUAAAACAAUGUAAAGAUGACCAGAAAUUGGAGCAAGUAUUAAGUCUAAUUAAUGAAUUUGAUGAAAAAGCAAAAGCAAUUAAUGAUGUGUCGGACUUUGGCGUGGUUCAUGAAUUAUUUGAACAAUUGAAGCAGAAAUUAUUACUAGAAAAUAAAAAAUUUGAAUUAUGGCAUAUUGCAGUUGAUAUGUUGAGCAACCAUGUAAAAGAAUAUUUAAAAUUAAAAUGGAAUAUUAAUAACGAUGAUGAUUAUGAUAUCAUUCAUAUGUUUUUAAAUUGGAAAACAAUUUUGAAUGAUGAUGAAAAUAUUCUAUCGCCAAAUUAUGAAAUUUCAUCAAAUGAAAAAAUGAAUUCAUAUUGUCAAUUCGUAUGGAAUUGUUGGAUGCCAUUGGUUCAAGAUUUUAUUUUUAAAUGGAACCCAAGUCAAUCAAUUGAUUUAAUCGAUUUAAUUAGUCGUUGGAAACUUUGUUUACCCCAACAAAUAUUUGAACAUAUUCGUGAUGAAUUUAUUGUUCAGAAGUUGAAACUUGAAAUUAGUUCAUUUGAUCCUGUAUUAAGUGCAAUAUCAAUUAAAGAAUUAUUAAAUCCAUGGGAAGAAUUAUUUGGAAAUCAUAUCAAGGAAUUAUAUCAAUUAACUGAACCAAAGUCAACUUAA